UGCCAGUGAGCACGACCAGCACAACAGCGAAGCGCUCCUGAUCCCAGGGCUCCUUCCCCCUUGAAAUGUCACUCAGCAUGGAUCGAGGCUUGGGCCGGCGUGCUGUCCACCACACCAAGGUCCAGGAAACGUGCCGGUGUUUUUUCCUGGUGGGAUUGCUUCUCGCUGGCAUGAGCCUGGCGUCUGACCUGGUCUACAGAGUGAAGGAAGAGUCCCCGAGCAGGACCCUCAUAGGCAACCUGGCCACCGACCUCAAGCUGGGAGGCUCGCCCGACUCCGGCGUCACCUACAACUUGGCGUCGCAACCGGUGGACGGGCGCUUCGUGGAUCUGGACCGGGACACGGGGGAGCUGCGGACCUCAGACUCGCAGCUGGACCGUGAGAGGUUGUGCCCCGAAGAGCCGGAGCAGGAAUGCUGGCUCUUCCUCGAUGUCAUCUUGCUGCCCGCCAGCCUCUUCAGACUGCUCAAGAUCAGCAUCUUGGUGGAGGACAUCAACGACAACCCGCCGCGGUUCCCUGCCGCCAGCAUCGGCGUGUCGGUGGCGGAGAACGCCGAGCCGGGUUCCCGCUACUCGCUGGAGCCGCCGGCAGAGGACGGAGACCCGGGCGUUCACGGGGUGCAGAGCUACCGGCUGUCCGGCGACCACGCCGGCUUCUCGCUGGUCACCGAGCGGACUGGCGGCGGCGGCGGCUCCCCGGUGCCGUGGCUGGUGUUACAGGCGCCCCUGGACCGGGAAUCCCGAGACCUGUACCAGAUGGUGUUGGUGGCCGAGGACGGCGGCUCUCCCCGCCGCUCCGGCACCGCCAGCCUCACCGUCACCGUCACCGAUGUCAACGACAACUGCCCGCGUUACACCGAGUCCAGCCUCAACAUUACGGUCGGCUCCAACGCCACGGUGGGCAGCCCGCUCGCCCGGCUGCUCGCCACCGACCCCGACCUGGGCUACAACGCCCGCAUCGUCUACUCCUACGGCGACCGGGUGCCCGCCAGCUCGGCGCGGCUCUUCAGCCUGGACAGCAGCUCGGGGGUGAUCCGGUUGGCCGACCCCAUCCUGGGCAGCACGGCGAGGCUGCACCGUUUGACUGUGUUGGCCACGGGCACCGGCUGCAGCCCGGUCACCGCUGCCGUGCGUUUGGCCAUCCAGCCGCUGCAGCCGGCGCCGCCCCGGGUCAGCCCUCGCUACAUCGCCGUGCAGUCGGACGGCGUGGUUUACCUGAAGGAGAGCGAACCCGCCCGCACACCCAUCGCCUUAUUCACCGUCAGCGACCCCGAGCGCCGCCGCCCUCCCCGCUGCUACCUGCAGGGCCCGGGGCCGUUCCGCCUGGCCCCCUACCGCGCCUUCCGAGACGAGUACCUGCUGGAGACCUCGCAGGAGCUCGACUACGAGCUGAUGCCCGAGUACGAGGUGACCGUGGUGGCCGAGAGCGCCGACGGCCUCGCCCUCCGGACCCACCUCAAGAUCCGGCUGCUGGACGAGAACGACAACUCGCCCGUCUUCCUCCAACCCUUGUUGGACGUGGACAUCGAGGAGAACAAGCCGGCCGGCAGCUUCCUGGCCAGAGUGGAGGCCAGCGACGCGGACAGCGGGCGGAUGGGCAGUGUCACCUUCGCCCUGCUCCCCGGAGCCCUGCCCGUCUUCGGCCUGGACAAAUACAGCGGGGUGCUCACGGUGGCGGCGCCGCUGGACCGCGAAGAACAGGAGAAGUAUCGCAUCUUGGUCAAGGCUAUCGAUGGCGGGACCCCGGCCCGGGAAUCGACGGCCACCGUCCUCCUCACCGUGCUGGACACCAAUGACAACAGCCCCAGGUUCAUCAACAAGGACUUCAACUUCUUUGUCCCCGAAGACCACCCGAGUUUCAGCGAGAUUGGAGUGAUCGGCGUUAUGGAUGCUGACGCUGGAAAUAACGGCUGGGUGGCUCUGUCCAUCCUCAACGGCAGUGACCAAUUUGUCAUCGACACGGGCAGGGGGAACCUCAUGGCUAAAGCCCCCUUGGACCGGGAGCAGCAGAGCUCCUAUGUUCUCUGGGUCCAAGCUACAGACGGCGGGGUGCCUGCUCUGUCCACUAUAGCGAAGGUGACUGUUCUCCUAACGGAUGUCAAUGAUAACCCACCGUUGGUCUUGUUCCCUCAGUCCAAUCUCUCUUUUCUUCUGGUGGCCCCAUCCACAGCUCCUGGGUCUUCCAUCACCGAAGUGUAUGCGGUUGACAAAGACACGGGAAUGAAUGCUGUCAUUGCUUACAGCAUCAUUGGCCACAGAGGACCCCGUCCAGAGACCUUUGUCAUUGACACAGGAACGGGUAACAUCACCUUAAUUGGGACUUUGGUGAAGAAUGACUAUGGACUGUAUAGACUGCUGGUCAAAGUCAGCGAUCACGGUUACCCAGAGCCACUUCACUCCACAGUCAUAGUCAACCUCUUUGUCAAUGAAACAUUGAGCAAUGAAAGUUACAUAGAAAACCUGCUGAGGAAGGAGCCCGACAUCAGGAUUGAGGAAAGUCUCCCAGAGACCAGGACUGACCCUUUUCAAACAGAAGUCAACGUAUUCCCCUGCCAGACUGUGUUGAUAGCACUAUCUGGUUUAUGCUUUGGCCUUCUGAUCUUGGUAUUUGGUUUGGUGAGUUACGUUUCGCUCAGAAAAAGGAAGCACAGACGUAAAAAUUUCUGCGUUGGAGAGGUUGAUAUCCCAUUAAACAAGAUUGCUUCAUGUACAUCAUUGAAGAAAUCAGUGAUUUAGAUUUGUAAUUGAGACUGGACAGAUGACAAUUGAUCAGGGCGCAUCAAUGAGGUUACCAUCAUCUUAGUUUAAAAUGUAUUUGUCUGAAGGAUUUAUGUUACUGAGCUCCAAUCUGAUCAGCAAUCAAUGAAUAUAUUGUUUACAGAACCAAACUACACCAUGUAGUUGAAGAUAGUAUUCUCUUUGCAAAAUUGCACACUGUUAUUUUGUACAAAAUGCUUAAACUUGCACACUUGGAUAUAUGAUUGAUCCCAAUGCUUCAUUUUAUAACAACAAAACGCAGGGCCACAAACUCCAGAAACAAAGAACUGCAACAAUCCAAUUCAACUCUUGCUUCUUUCUAUGGCUGACCAAGCAAUCAGAAAAAAGAUACGGUUGCCUUCAGUUCCAAAACUAUUGAUUGAAGCUAUAUACAUUGAAAAGCAGCAGCAAUGAACAUUACCAAACAUAAUUAGGUUUUGAAAAUCAUGAAGUCGCUUUUCUUCCUUAAAUGAGUCCCUUCUGACACCAAAUGAAUUUUAUUGAACUGGGCAAUCAGACGAAUAUUGGACAGAAAAUUAAAGCAACAUAAGAAUUUCACUGUACCUUAAUUGAUACAUGUGACAAUAAACUGACCUUGAAAUUUUGACCUUGAAGGUCUUGGAUCAAAAUAUGUAAUGCUGGAAUUCCAAAAAAAAUCUCUGGAGCUCUCAACAGAUGAAGCAGCAUCAGUGCAGAGAGAAAAUUCAAUAGAUAGACUCAAAAAAGCUGGAGUAACUGUCAGACAACAUCUAUGGAGCUAAGGAAUAGGUGACGUUUCGGGUCGAGACCCUUCUUCAGAUUGAAAAAUUCUAUGUUUUGGUUGAAGAUUCUCCAGCAGAACUGGAAAAAUGAGAAAAUUAGCAUUAAAUUGCAGAUAUUUUGUAAUUUAAUAUGCUUUUUAUCUGACUUUUCCAGCUGUGGGGAGGAGAUCUUUACCAGAACAAAAGGAGUUGACUUUGUUUCUCUCACCAUGGUUGCUGCUUCACCAGAGCGCUUCAUGGAUUUUCUGUUUUUGUUUGAAAUAGGUGAUUAACUGGCCUUGUUUCAAGUUUCACCCAGAAUAUGGGAAUUGAAUUUAAACUGGAUUCAAUUAUCUGAUGAGAAAAUUAUGACCAACAAUAUUUGUGUAAAUGACUUAAUUUGUGACCAUUUGUAUUGAAGUCUACAACAGCUAUAUGAAACAUUUU